CUGCUAAGGGACACAGUAGACUGUGUGCUGUGCAAGAGCUGCAUAAUAUAGGGACAUAAAUUACCCUCCAUCCAUCAUUUUUGCUACUUCUUCACCACACUUUAAAUUAUUUUCCCUUCUUACAAAAUAAUGCACAGUUCACAAGAAUAUGAGGAAAAUGUAUUGUUAGAGGGGCAAGGAAACAGACAAAAGAGUGUGUGUGUGUGAGAGAGAGAGAGAGAAUUUGAGAUAAUAUGGGUAUGCGUAUGGGUGGACAAGUAUGCUAAGUAUUAUUUAUGUAGAAGACAUCAAAUGAUUGAGGAAUAAGGGGAAGAAAAGAAGGUAGCUAGUGAAGCAAAAUUUUAUGCAUAACAAAACAAUAGCUAGCUAGAGAGAAGAAAGAAAAAAAAAAAGAUGAGCAGGUAUUCAGAGUGAUAUUGUUUCCUUCCUCUCUUCCUCUCAGAAUUGUUGCUGUCUCCUUUUGAAAAAAUCCUUCUUGGUGUUUUCUGGGUUCAAUCUGAAACCUUUCAAAGAGACAAGAUAGCAGUGAAAAUCAAACGUAUAUAGCUUCAGUCAGAACUUCCAGAUUUGCUUUCUCAACUUUGGAAAUUACAACAUGGCUUCUGCUUCCUCAUCCACACCCUUCUUGGGAAUCAGACAAGAAAAUCAAAGUCACGUUACACAACAGCAACAACACCAAUCCUCUACUACUGCUGCUUCCUCUACUACUACUACUAGUGCUACUCCAACCACAGUGCCUCAAAAGAAAAGGAGGAAUCAACCCGGAACACCAUAUCCAGAUGCUGAGGUGAUAGCACUAUCUCCAAAGACUCUAAUGGCAACAAACAGGUUUAUAUGUGAAGUGUGCAAUAAAGGGUUCCAAAGAGAGCAAAACCUACAGCUACACAGAAGAGGACACAACUUGCCUUGGAAGCUAAAGCAAAAGACCAACAAAGAGCCAAAGAGAAAGGUUUAUCUGUGUCCCGAGCCCACAUGUGUUCACCAUGACCCUUCAAGGGCUCUUGGAGACCUCACUGGCAUUAAGAAACACUACUCUCGCAAACAUGGUGAGAAGAAGUGGAAGUGUGAAAAGUGCUCCAAGAAAUAUGCUGUUCAAUCAGAUUGGAAGGCACAUUCUAAAACCUGUGGCACUAGAGAGUAUAGAUGUGACUGUGGCACCCUCUUCUCCAGGCGUGACAGUUUCAUAACUCAUAGGGCAUUUUGUGAUGCUCUAGCACAUGACAGUGCAAGACACCCUUCAAGCCUGAACCCUUUGGGAACUCAUCAUUUGUAUGGCACAAACCACAUGAGCCUAGGCCUUAGUGCUCAGCUUCAGAACCACCAAGCAGCUACUAACAGCAUAUUGAGCCUUGGAAGUGCACCAAAGUUUGAGCACUUAAUCUCACCAAAUCUGCACCACUCACCAUCAUCAUUUGGAGUGCAAUCACCACCACCACCACCCCAGUCAUCAUCAUUCUUCAUGACUGAUCCAAACCAAGCAUUUCAAGACCUCCAAUCUCAGAACCAAGGACACUUAUUCUCAAACAAGCAACUUCAUGGUCUCAUGCAACUCCCUGAUCUUCAAGGAACCACCAAUAUCAAUUCCACUACUUCUGCUUCAUCAGUGUCUGGUUCAGCUAACAACACCAAUCUCUUCAACCUAAGCUUCUUCCCUAACACCAACGCCAGUGGAAGCAUAAUCAAUGAUCAAUUCAGCAACAUGACUGGAGUUACUAAUAAUAACCAAGGAACAGCAACACUCUACAGUACUAAUAGCCCUGUGAAUAGUAACCAAGUUGGUUUGUCUUCACUCUUUGGAAACUCAUCAGUGCAACAAGAUAACAUGUCCCCUCACAUGUCAGCCACUGCUUUGCUUCAGAAAGCUGCACAAAUGGGUUCAACCACAACCACCAAUGAGUUAGGUAUGAGAUCAAGCAUGGAGGAUGAUGAGCACAGCAACCAUCUACGUGGGUUGAUGAACUCUUUUGUCAAUGGAAACAACCUUGGUCAGUUUCACAACGUGGUGGAGGAGCCUAAGAAGAUGCCACAAAACAACAACCUUGGUUUGUGCUUUGGAGGGUCUGAUAAGUUGACCUUGGACUUUUUGGGUGUUGGGGGAAUGGUGAGGAACAUGAACAAUGGUGGAGGGUUUUCACAAAGAGAGCAACAACAACAACAACACUCCAUGGGAAUUACUAUGAGCCCCUUGGAUCCUAAAUUGGAAUCAGCGAAAGCAAACCAACACUAUGGAACCUCAACACUCUAAUAAUAAGUUGUUGGAUAAUAAUAAGAGGUAAAAACAUACGUGAUUCAUGUCUAUGCAUGCUUUUGAAAGGGAUUAGUUUCUUCUCGUAUUAAGAAAAAAGUUGGGUAAAUUUAUUAGGCAGAAAAAAAAUGUUUUUUAUUUUAUAUAUUUUCUAGUUCUAAACUUUUCUUUUUCUUUUUUUUUUUUCCUUGAAGAAAGUUCGAUUGCCACUUGAUAAGUUAGGGUUUCAUUUCUAAAGUUAUGCAAUCCAUGUAUUUUUCUUGAAACAUAUAUAUAUAUAUAUAUAUAUAUAUAUCGGUCCCUUUCCCUA